AUGUCUAAGAGGAGCACUACCACGGAGACGGCACAUCUCGCUCCAUUGCGUUCCACGGCGCAGGUUUCAGCGCCUGCAAAGGACGCGAAUGGCAGAUUCCGGACACAGAAAGGAAAUAGAGGGUCCUCACUUGCUGAACGUCAUGAGUACUCUUCGUUAAGUACAGUCUCAAAAACACUGGUGGUUUUCUUGUUAUGCAUCCAGCUUGACUAUUCCUUCAACGCCGCUGCGGGGAUAACUCUACUCUCGUACAAACGGGAGCAGAUCUCUCUCCGGAAUGUCCCGCCAAGAGGUUCGAGAUAUGAUACCGGUCCCUGGGAUGCUCUUUUUGUGGCAUUUUACACCGCUCUUAUUCUCCUAGUCAGGAAGAUCAUCACUCAAAAGCCAAGGGCUGUAGCAAGCGUUUUUGGUGCCAAGUCGCCAGAGCGAUUUGCAGAACAAUUGUUCAGCUUUGUCUACUUCAGUGUUUCCACGACAUUUGGCUUGUUCAUCGCGCUAAGUCGCCAUACUUGGUCAAUGAAUGCUCGCGAUUUGAUUUCUGAGCUCGAGACUGGAAGCUUGAACGGCAACGUCAAAUGCUUUUAUCUCAUUCAAGCAGCAUUCUGGGUUCAAGAAGCUCUAGUCGUUGGGCUUCAGCUCGAAAAGCCCAGGGAGGACUACUUGCAGUUGAUCUUCCAUCAUGUUAUUACCCUCGUAGCCAUAGGUCUGAGCUACGGGGGCAAGUAUACCGAUCUAGGCAUCAUGAUACUGGUGACGCACGAUGCCAGUGACGCCGUUCUUGGUCUGUCCGUCCUCUCCAUUUGCUGUGGCUGGACAGUGUCCAGCCACCCCGAUGGAUUGCAAGAACUGGCCAGGGUCUCCGUUCUGGCCAUCGACGGCAGUGUGGGACUCCUUGAAUUCGUCCGUCUCUGGUCGCCUGAUCCAGCCUGUGCCACCUGGCUCAGUCUGUCAUACGAGUUGGUCGUCAUACAACGAACAAGCAUGACGGUAGGUCUCCUGACCUACUCUACAAUACCUGCCAUUGACUCCAAACUUCAGGUCUUCUGCCUUCGGGGCGUUAUCAAUUUGGUCACCGUUGGAGGAGGAAUGCUGAUGAAAGAUAUUCUGAGUGCACUGCACGACAGAAACCUCACCGCUGUCAGUGGUGCGUCUCCAGAUGUUGCGAUUGGAGGCUACUUGACAGGCGGUGGCCACUCUGUCCUCUCUGCUACGCAAGGUCUCGCCGCGGAUAAUGUCAUCCAAUUGGAGAUUGUGACUCCCCAAGGAGAUAUAGUAACGGCGAACGAGUGUCAGAACAGCGACCUUUUUUGGGCAGUUCGCGGUGGAGGUGGAGGCACGUUUGGUGUCAUCACAAAAGCAACGAUACGUACCUUUCCUAGUCCACGGAUAGGAUCAAUGGCUUUGGCCAUACCGUUACCCACUAAUGACUUGCUAUGGGAAGCCACCACAAAGGUAUUUCAAGUGACUCCGGUCCUUGCCAACGUUGGCAUAUCAGGUUAUAUAUACGCUUUUCCAGAGGAUUCACCCUUCUUCCAAGGUGGGCCGGCAUUGCUCCUUAGUCUUGUUGGUGUUGAUCAGUCAGCGUCUCAGGUUCUUGACAUCUUGAGGAAAACCGACGUCGGGGCUGAAUUCGAAGAGCUUCUGAAUUAUACCAACGCGUAUCCCGUACUGAAAGAUUACGACAGUCACUUUGCCUGGUGGCUUGAUAAUGUGGACAAGACUCCGGUGGGGACCAAUUUUAUGGGUGCGAGCCGAUUGCUCAAUAUGGAGGCGGUUGGCCAGCCAUUUGAACAGCUGAAACAAGCCUUGAAGACUGCUGCCGGGUCCUCUGGUUUCAAUGGCAUCCUGGGUGCUGGACCUGGUGUGUGGAACGCAAGCCCGAGAGGAGGUGGCAACGCUUUCUUGGAGAGCUAUGGAUGCCUGCACAAGCGGCUCAGGAACAAGAAAUUCUUGCUCAGCUGGAACAACGGACACAAGCAUUGCGAGAGCUUGCACCUGAUUCAGGCUGUUAUGUGA